UCGAAAACGAAGGCCCAUCUUAGAAAUUCUCUCAACUGCAUCCAGGCUGCACCGAACGUUAUUACCAGCGCGAACGAUUUUCAGUCGCCAGGCAGGCAGGCAUGGAAAUGGAAUCGGCGGCGUUAGACUUAGACAUGGAACGACUAAGCAUAUACAAAGCAGCUCGGACCAUAAAGCGCAGAGAUAACACUCUCUACAACGCUCUCCGCUCGAUUUACGAGGACUCUAUCUUCGUCGGUGAGAUCUCUCAGAUAUGGCCGGAGCUUCCCUUGCUCGCCAACCUCCGUUGCGGCCUCUGGUACUCCUCCAACUUUCAAUCCACCUGUUAUUUCAAAUCCACUGAUGGCCACACCAACAAUUGGUCCUUCAAUACCUCUCGCCUCAACCUCCACGUCGCCCUCCUCGCCGGACAGAAGGGAGGAUGCAUGAUUGUUGAUUCGACCAGAAAAGGGAAGAGAUUUCCAGAUAGUAUGUCAAAGACCAUUCCGAUUUGGACCUGUGUAUUAAAUCGUGCAAUCUUCAAUUACAGAAAUAGAUCAGUGGGAGGUGGCUCUGGAAGUCCCCAGGAUAGAGUCUCUUCUGAUUGGGAUUGUUCCUUGCAUCUUCCCCUCUGGGUAUCAGAAACUGAGAAAUUGCUUAUUGAGGACCGCUUGGAAGGUUGGACCGCGGAACUAGAGGCAAGUGGAGCUGACAUUGCGUCUCUUGCUUUGUCCCUGGAAAAACCACUGCGUUCUUUGUGGAUCUCUCAAAAAACUGUCAUCUGGUUAAAUGAAGUGCCUGAAUAUGAUUCUUGGGAUUUCACACCUAUAAUGUUAGUGUCCACUUCCUCCCCAAAUGGCGCUUAUCAGCAAAAGACCACCUCUGAGUUUAGUUGGAAUUAUAUUCCUGGGGCUGGAGAUGAUGAAGAAAGUUGGGCUAGAGGGUUAUCGCCUAACCUUUUCUGGAAGCAUGCAUACGAUCUUAUAAGCUCAGGACCCAAUUUAUGUAACCAGAAGGUGGCUGACAUUGUUGAAAAGGAUAGAGUAUAUCGUGCUCAAAGAGGGGGAAAUGCUUCUCAGAUAUCUGUCAGGCCUUCAAAGUUUUCAAGGACCUUGGAUGACCUACCUAUCAAACAGCCAAUGGAACUGGAAGUUCCAAACCUAGAUGAAAAUAAAGACUCUUCAAGUUCAAGUGCUUUAGAUGACUCUACCAUAUUCUGGCUGGACUUGACGAAUGUAGCAGUUGGUGCAACUCGUCUUGCUAUGGAGAUCUCAUGUAGUGACAGCUUGUUGUGUUGCGGUGGAGAGUCACUUUCACGAUGCCUAGAGAAUACCGAAGCUUAUUUACAUCUGCAAAUUGUUAGCUCAAAAUUUGAUCGGUUUUCCCUGUUUAGAAAUCUGCCUUAUGCCCUGGAUUUUGCUAGGCUGAACUUAAGGCAAGGGAAAAGACUCAUUAUUUGCUGCAAUGAUGGACAAGACAUCAGUAUAUGUGUUUGUCUGGCAAUCUUGGUAUCAUUAUUCAACGACAAAGGACAAUUCGAUGAUGGGAAGUCUUUCAGCGAGACACAUAUGACUAAGUCAGAAUUGCGACGGCGGUUGGUUUUUAUCUGUAAAUUUGCUGUAAAUGCUCGCCCCUCCAGAGGAAAUUUGAAGCAAGUCUUUAAUUAUCUUAGUGGCGGGAGUGCCGGCAAUGCUUCAUCUAAAUAACAUUUGAAGGACAUGAGGUUUUUGACUGGCUAUUUGUUUGAUUAAAAAAAAUGUCAAUUCGAUUAAAAGAAAAUGGUUUUUCUGCUGUUGUUGUA